AUGUGCAUGCAUGCAUGCACGUACCCUUCUCUCAGUCCCACCCUUCAACUCCUCCUCUGCAACGCCUCCUCACGUCACGCCCCUAUUCUAACGCCCUCCCCCACAUUCAUCCACGUCCUCGUCCCUGCUCAUCGCAACGUGACGUGCCGCUGUGCCGCCGUGGUCUGUCCCUCCCUGUGUGCGUAUGAGCAGGCGGAGAUAGGGUCACCGCCAGCAGGGCGGCCGUGGGGUGGGCGCAUAGAGGGCAGAGGAGGCGAGGAGCUGUCGCAGGAGCUGACUCGUGUUCUUGAGAGAUCGUUUCUAGGAGGCGCAGACGGCUCAGGCGCGGCGGUGGAGCUGGGGCAGCUGAUGCUGGUGGAGCACAAGAGCUGCUGGGUGCUGUACCUGGACGCUCUAGUGCUCAACAUGGACGGCAACCUCGUUGACGCUCUCUCCAUCGCCUUCAAGGCGGCGUUGAGCAACAGUGUGCUACCAAAGGUGGAGGUGGUGAUGGGGGAGGGUGAGGACGGGGAGCCGGAGCUAGAGGUGGUGGAUGACCCAGACGAGGGAGUGCCUCUUGACACCUCGUCCACGCCCAUCAUUGUCACUCUCAAUAGAUUGGGGAAGCAUGUGAUAGUGGAUGCCACGCCAGAGGAGGAGGCAGUGGCAGAGGCAUCACUAUGUGUAGCAGUGAGGCCGGAUGGGAGGAUUGUGAGUGCCACCAAGGGGGGCAAUGCAGGGGUGCACCCCUCAGUGCUCGCUGAGAUGCUUGACACAUCCAACCGCGUAGCCAUGUCGUUACACCGCCAGGUGUACGCGGUGGGCGGGCAGAGCAAGGCAGCGCUGCCGCCAGAUGCCUUCGUGGAGAUCUUCCUUCGCGAGGGCGACGGGUGGACCAUCGGAUCGUCGCCGCCUAUCGCCACUGCGGGCAAGACGCGUGUUGGUCACGCCACCGCAGUUAUUGACAACACGAUCUUCCUCGUGGGAGGCGAAAAGGAAGGCGUUCCUCAGAACGAUAUUUUGGAGUUCCACACAGCGUCUGACACGUGGAAGACGUUUGAGGUGGCGGGCACAGCCCCUCCCCCCUUGGCCUUCCACACUGCUACGCCAGUCAACAAGCGCAUUUAUGUUAUUGGAGGCAAGGGAGAUAGUGCAGCAGCCACCGAAGUCUAUGUAUACGACCCCAAGUCCCGUGCCUGGUCCAAGCCAGAAGUGCGUGGCACACCGCCUCCCGCGCGCUACGCGCAUGCAGCCACACUCGUUGAGCCACUCCGCAUCGCAAUCUUCGGAGGCAAGCUCUCCGGCUCAUCAGAGAACGCACCAGGCCAGGACCAGCAGCAGCAGCACCAUAGGGCGUGCUCAGACCUCUGGCUUCUCCAAGUGGACGACUCCAAGCCAGACGCCAUUACAGUUUCAUGGGGGCAGGCGUCCUCUCAGCCGCCCGCCAUGCCUGUGGUCAUCUGCGGGCCCUCCGGCGUGGGCAAGGGGACACUGAUCAAUAGGCUGAUGGAGGAGUUUCCUGGGAGGUGCGGGUUUUCCGUGAGCCACACGACGCGGGGGCCGCGGCCGGGGGAGGAAGACGGGGUGCAUUAUAACUUCACGACGCGCGAGGUGAUGGAGAAGGAGAUCGCGGAGGGGCGGUUUCUGGAGAAGGCGGACGUGCAUGGGAACCUUUACGGGACGAGCGUGGCUGCUGUCAAGAAGGUCACGGAUUCUGGCAAGAUGUGUAUACUGGACAUUGACGUGCAGGGCGCACGGCAGGUGAAGGCAUCCCCAGCGCUGGACGCUGUGUUCAUCUUCGUGGCGCCUCCCUCCUUUGAGGAGCUGGAGCGACGACUCAGAGGCAGGGGCACGGAGACGGAGGAACAGGUGGAGAAGAGGCUAGGCAAUGCGCGCAAGGAGAUGGAGGCGGGCAAGGACGCCACACUCUUCAACCACACCAUCAUCAACGAUAACCUUGAUGCCGCCUAUGCCAAGCUCAAGGCGCUGCUUGGGCUGGGGGCUGCAGCAGAGACGGUGUCAGGGGGUGCGGCCUGGCCUGCUCCUCGCUCCCAUGCAGCAGCAGCAGCCGUGGCCUCUCGCAUCAUUCUCCACGGAGGCCUCUCGUCCCGCGGGGCUCCUCUCUCAGAUCUUCACAUCCUCGAUCUGACAAACCUGUCUGGGGAGCCUCCAGCAGCAGCUACAGGGGUGCGUUGUGUCCCUACACACUCCAUCCCCACGCCUGCCUCCCCUUCCCUCAUCACCAACAUCCUCACCACGCUCGGCCUCUCCGAGCCUCCUAACACGGCUGAGAGAAUCCCGGCGAGGUUCGGGCACCGAGCCGUUGUGGUAGGCCCGGGAGAAGUGCUGUUUGUUGGUGGGGCUGCUUCGGAGGAAGGCUCGGCGACGGCGGGCCUGGCUGAGACGGCGUUGCUCGCACUGAAAGGGUUGACUGCUGUGCAUUAA